CUACACGUGACCAUGGAAACCUGGUGUGUAUAGAGCUAAUUCACAUGUUCUUGCUACAGAAACUCUUAACGAACAAACGCAUAUUUUGGUCUGUUGAACAAUGACUCAUCUGUUGGGCCGUCAGGACUGUAUCGACAGCCUUCGGAGAGAUCUUAUUGAUUUACAGGGAGCGGUGCUGGAUGUUUUUUCUAAGACUGGACCCGUCCGUUUCCCAUCAUGGAAGUUCCCCGAUAAACUGUCAUGUAAUCUGGAUUUGGUCAGUCUUUUAGAAGAGUAUGACUAUGUAGAUGGUGAGGAGGAAUUCAGUCAGCACUCCCACAUAGUCUUGCUAGAGUUGCUGAUUGACAGAUUAAUGCUUCUUCUUCAGAGUUUUAAUGUUCAUGCUGAGCUGUUGCUUGAGAAGCAGAGAGCUUUAUCAUCUGGUCAAAAUGAAUCCUCUGUUUCCAUCGGUCCUGUGGUCAAACGCUUCUGGAACAACCUACUUCAGCUCAGAAAUCAACAAGCACAAGAAAGCACCAGUGGACAGCAACCUCAAUCUCAGCGGAGUUCAUUCAUUACCAGAACAGCAGCAAACACUCCUACUGUUAAUACGCACAAUACACAGAGCACCUCCAUGACAAGCACCUAUAAAACCACCUCAAGUACCCCAGAUUCCUCUUCCCACCACAGAAGAGUGUCCACUUCAGGUUCCUGUGUGUCUCCGUCCACUCACACUGUGAGCUGUCAGACGGUAGAGUCGGCCCUGGUGCCCUGUGAGGCCUGUGCUUGUGUUCAGGCAGUGAUGAAGGAGAGCAGUGAUGCUCUAGUGUCUCUUUGCCAGUCUCUGGGUUUGCCUUGCUCCAUGCAGGGCUUCCUGGAAGCUGUGGAGGAAACGCAGCAGCUGGGCCGCUUGUCUGCAUGUGACAUUUCCCAGUGGGCAAGUGAGCAGCGUAAGGAUAUUAGCCGUGUUGGGAAACAUGUUCUGGAGGUGAGAGAAACAGUUGAGCCACUGAAGAAGAAGCUGAAAGAGACAGAGAUGGAGCGAGAGAAGCUGAGAAAACAGCUAGCAGAUACGAUCAAAAGAGAGAAGGAGGAGAGGAGGAAGAUGGAGGAGGAGUGUGAGCGCAGAAUGCAGGAGGUAAAGGUCAAGGGAGAAGAAGCAGUAAGGAGGCUAAAGGAGGAGCAGGAGGAGUUAAAGAGAGGUGUGACGUUUUUAGAGGAAAAAUAUUCUGAACUCACAGCAGAACUGAAUUUGCAGACAGAAGCAAAACAGAGUCUUGAAUGUGAGAGAGCUGCUCUACAGGAGCAAAUUCAUCAUCUGCAUAAUUCACAAGAGACCAUGUUAAAAGAGAUGGAGGAGAGCAGGAAAAACCUGGAGAAGGAGCUCAGAAGUACACAGACACUGUUAGACAAAGAAAGUGCCAAAAAACACAGUGUGCAACACCAGCAUGAGGCUCUUCAGGUGAAGCAGACGGCUCUGCGGAAGCAUCUGGAUGUGCUGGUUCAGCAGACUGAGGAUCUACAUGGCAGUCUGGAAGAAUGCGAGGAUGAAAAAGCUGAUCUUGCAAACAAACUCAAACAGAUCAUACAAGAAAAAGACACGCUUCAGGAGCAACUCACACAGCAGCAGUCCCGAUGUAGUUCACUGUGUAUUGAGAAACAGAGGCAGCAGACACAGAUCACAGAACUGGAGGAGAGUGUGUCUCAUCUGAAAGAGAUGCUGGAAGAAGCUGCCCAGAGAGAGAGGAUACUGGUGGCCUUUCCUGAGCUCAAUCCACAAGCAGCACCACAGACUACAGGUGAUGUGAUGUGUGACAUGGAGCAGCAGCUGAAGGCAAACUCAGUGAGGAUCAGGGUUCUGCAGCAGGAGAACGCCUCCCUGAGUAACAGUCUGGCCAGACUGAAGGACAGAGAGGAAAAACAAAGAUCUUCAGACUCUGGGAUAGUAGAGAUGGACAGAGAAGCUGUAGCGAUGGGACCUCUGGACAGCUCUAGCACCUCCUCUCCCACCUCCCCUUCAUCCAUUCUUCAUCAUCAGACUCUCUGCCUCUCUCUCCACCAAGAUGUGGAAGAAAGAUACAUGAACAUUCGUCAGGCUGCUCGCAUCCGGUCUGCAGGCACACGUCGCAGGAGGAAGUGAUGUCACUUAACAGACUGACCUUACAAUGGACAUAUGGCAUUUUAUGAAUGUUGAAACAAGCAACAACGAAUGUUGUAUGAACUGGAUCUUCAAAACCAUGCUGUUCAGCAAAUGGGUUGGAAAAUAUUUUUGCUGGUUAAUAUUUCAGGUCAAAAUGAAGAAGCUGGCUGAAUUUAUGUGAGGACUGUAUCAAAAUGAAAUUAUUUAUGUUUUGUUAGUAUCAUUACUGUUUGUGAACACACACAUAUGGGUUACCAGCUGCAAGAAGGAACAUGACAAGGGGAGGGGCUGGAUAGUAUUAUAAGUAUAAAUAUAAGUAUAGGCAUUUUUUGUCACAUCAUGGCCAUUAUGUUGGUCAUUUUACAGGGCAUGCAAAUUUGGAAGACAUUUGAGGUCCUUUUUGUAAUCAGUCAGGUGUGAAUGAAGCCAUGCUUCUGAGGCACUAUAGUUUUUGUGGAUGGAAGAAUCGUGCGUGUGUGCAUUAGUAUGGGUUUCUCUAGUAUUUUAAAGCUCUUUUAUUUUGAAUUGAUUUAAAUAUAUUUUAAAAGUCUUUCCAUCUGCGACUUUGGCGAAGGAAAUGUACUUUGUUCAACUGAACUCACAACACUCAAAAUUUACAGGAGCCUGAAGAGACAAUCAUCUCAGGGCUGGUCACUGAGGCAUUAUUGACCUUUGAAUAUUUUUGUUCAUGUGGUGCAACACUCUCUCUCUCGAAUUCCAAACUGUUCCAUAUUAAAUGCAAGGAGUGCAGAAAAAGCUGCAGGUGUGAAAGCAUUCAAAACCGAGCCAAGGCCAAUGUAACCAUCAAACAGCCCAAUGGAACAGAGCAGAGAGUGGUGUUAGAUGAUACACUGCUGCACUCCAUUGUAAGCUUUAAGAGAGAGGGAUACUGUGACAGCAGCUAGAGGAGCGUCUGCUGAGAGCUGAGAAAAUGACUGUAGUCUGUGUGAAUGAUGAGACUCGGCGUGUGCAAACAGAAGCAGUGGAAAAAGCAAAGACAGUGGCAAAAUCUCUUGUGUUUGCAUGUUGUGUGACAUGAAGCCUUGUCCAUUAAUAGCUGCAAAAGGUUCUUUUCACUUCAAUGAAAUAUUAGUCUGUUGAAAACAUGUUCAUCACAGAAGAGAUGUAUUCAAGUCAUUGUAUGUAUGAAUUGCAUUUACGAAUUAUGCAUUUACUACAUUAUUUAAUCAAUCAUCCCUCCAUUGACUUGGUAACAUGCAUUCAGAAUAUUACUUCAAGAACAAUAC